AGCAGAUGUGCAUAGCUAUAGGAAUAUGUGCAGGUGAGGCUGGGCUGUCACACUAGGGGGAUCCUGUAGUCCUGCGGCUGGGCACUGAUAGGACACUCAUAGAGUCAUGUCCACAGGAUCUGUGAGUGACACUGAGGACCUACUGGAGCUAAGGGUGCUACAACUACCAUAUCCCAAAGCCAAACGAGCAGGGACUAGUGAGCUGCUAAUGCUGGACCACUCGGCAGAAAACUCAGAGGAAGAAGGAAUCACUGAGCCUUCCAGUGGGAAAAGGAAGAGAAUUUCCAGGGGCUCCCAGAGUCCAGACAAGAAACAGCCUUCCCGCUCCUCCAAAGACUGCAAACAAUCCCAAAGGCAUGCAGCUAAUGCCAGGGAGAGAGCCCGCAUGCGGGUGCUAAGCAAAGCCUUCUCCAGGCUAAAGACCAGCCUGCCCUGGGUGCCCCCUGACACCAAGCUCUCCAAGCUGGACACACUCAGGCUUGCCUCCAGCUACAUUGCACAUCUCCGGCAGCUGCUGCAGGAGGACAGAUAUGAGAAUAGCUAUGUGCAUCCAGUCAACCUGACGUGGCCUUUUGUGGCUCCCGGAAGACCAGAUUGUGAUUCAAAGGAAACGACAGCAGCCCUUAGAUUGUGUGGGGCCACUGCCUAGGGCUUAGAACUUCUCAUCUCUACCUUCUGGGGGGGGGGGGUACAACUGCUUUUCAUGCAAAGACACUGAAAGACGCUGAUCAAGCUGCGAGAUUUAAAAACUUGCUACUGAUGGAAAAACCCAGAAACAACAGAUUCAUGAGCAAAAACUUACAGGCAGCUCUUUCCAGCGUAAGACCAAAAAAAGUGCACUUAAAAAUAGAGAAAACUGGAAAUUUCUUUUUCUGCUGAUUUGAAGGGAAAUGUUUGCACAGGAAUCAACGAAAACACAAAAAGGAUGCGAAAAACUCAGUUUUUCUCCAUAUACUGUACCAUACUCAGUGUUAUUGUUUCCACAACAGUAUUACAAAACCAAAGAAUUUAUAAUAUAUUUUACAGGCUUCUCAGUGAAUCUGCAUUGCUGUUGACAGUAUCAUUUCCUUGUCCAGUUGUUGGACCUUUUUUAUGGACAGCAAAAAAUGUUGAAGAUCAACCCUUUGCUAUGGUAACCUGCCGUUUGUAUAUUGUGAAUAUGCUGUAUUAUCUGUAUUAAAAUAUCAACUAGUUGCCAGGGACCUCUUAAUUUUAUACAUAUAUAUUUUUCUAGUUGGGGAAGCAAAAGUCCUUCCCGUUAGAUGGUAAAUGUUUAUUUUUUUGUUUGCUGAGUCCACUUUAUUAAGAUUUCAUAUUUUAUUUUUAUAUGGACAUCAUUAAAGUCAAAAUUUGGUA